AGAAGAAGAGCCAAACGACAAUUCGUGCUUGCAUCGUUAACGACGUCGUUUAGGGCCGAUACCGGAGUUCUAGCCUGCUCGAGAUCGCAGCCAAAAUGGCGAUGAGUUUGGGCUUCGUUGUUGGCAUCUUAGGCGUUGUAAUUCUUUCUCAUGCCGCUUAUUCAACCGUUCAAUACAGAGGAUUGUUGAAGAUUAUGGAGGAAGAGUUUCCAGGACCUCCAUUGACUGUGGUGGUUGAAUUGCUUCUAGGGUUAGCGUUCUGUAUGUGGGCGGCACUUACUGUCCCGGGCACGUUUCUUUCGAUUCAUCCCCAUUCUGAAGAGAAUCGGAUUGUUUCUCUACCAGACAACCUUGACUUUAUGAUUUUCAACCAUCGGGCCAGAGUGUUACCUGUGGAGAUGGAUUUGAAGCUCAAACACUGAGGUCUUUUCAAUCAAGCAAACUGGGACCGAUUUUAGUUUCUUUCUUGGCCUUUAAAAGGGUAGAAUGGCAGCAUUUGGCAGAUCAGUUGGCAUAUGUUUCUUUACAUUUUAUAGUUGUCUUGGACUGUGCUUUUGUAUUUUCUCUCAACAUCUGUAGCCCCCUACCAAUGACAGAUACCUUUAAAAUAAUUUCAACUUGGAGAUUUCCCAGCUUUCUAA